GUGGUCGUCGGGGAAGAAAGAAGGUUAUGUAAUGGCGAGCUUCCGUCACCGUAUCGUGUUGCUGGGGCUUCUCGUCGCCGGGAAGCUUUUUCAAAUUCACGGCGGGAACACUUUGGUUUUCACCCCUCGACGUCCAUCCCAUUUAUUAGCGACGAAAGAAUGGCGUCGAGGAGUAGGAGGAGCCCGCCCCCUAUUUCACGAGCUUUACAGUCGGAAGCGUCAGAUGCACCUGAGCCCAAGAGGAGAUCUCUCCGGUUGAUAAAAACAACACCCGCAAAGGAAGAGUCCAAAGCCAAGACAAAGAAAGCACCCGCCAAGCCUAAGAAAGCCAAGGAGGUGGAGAAGAGCAAGCCCGAGGAGAAGGAGACCGACGCCCCCGCAGAGAAUGGCGAAACCAAAGCUGAGGAAGAGGCGCCAGCCACGGACACGGCGGGGGACAAAGAUGACGCAGCAGAAUAACAUCUCUCAUAGCGCAUCUUUUACCAGUGCUCCCUGUACCUCUUUUCUUGUACAAUUCAGGGGAAUAUUUUUAUCAACUAUUUUCUAAACACAGGUUUUUUAGUAGUUUGAUUGUAGACACACUUUUUUUUUCUAAGAAAAACAAAAAAAAGUCAAUUUGGAGAUGGGAGAAAUUCUUCACAGGGGUGGGUUGUUUUAAAUGUGA